UAUAAGAGAAGCGCAUGGCCCUGAAGGGCGCAUCCCCCAUCUCCGGGCGCAGCACCGAGCGCCCCACUCCGCGCCCUGCGGAUCCUCCGCGGGGACACGGGCUCUCCGACGGCGGCACAGGACCUCGCUCCCCAGCCCGCACGCACCCAGCCCGAUUCGCCUCCGCCUGAAGCGCCGCAGAGAUGCGAGGGGCGAAGAAGCGGCAGGCGCUGCCCGCCAUCGUGCUCCUGCUGCUGGCCUCGGCCCCGCCGCCGCCGGGCGCCGAGGGCAGGGACGUGCCCGCCGCCGGAGCCGAGCGGGGGGCGCUCCUCGACAUCCUCCUCCAAGCCCUGGGCGACGACGGCCGCCCGCUGCCGCCCCGCCCGCCGCGGAGGGAGCGGGUGAUCUCCCGGCGGUUCAGCGGCGGCAGUGCCCCUCCGACAGACCCCCGAGCCGCCGCCGCCGCCGCCCCGCCGCCCCCGCGGCUCUUCGCCGCCGCCCGGCACGGAGAAAUUUUUCCAAGAGAUUCCAGUCUAAAAGACAAGUUCAUAAAACAUUUUACAGGGCCAGUCACAUUUUCCUCAGAGUGUAGCAAGCACUUUCAUCGACUGUAUCACAACACAAGGGACUGCUCAACGCCAACCUAUUACAAAAGGUGUGCAAGAUUGCUAACGAGAUUAGCAAUGAGCCCUUUGUGUACACAGUCCUAGGAUGUUUGCUAUACUUUCUACCAAGGAGAGAAUUCUGAUUUGCCAAGAAAGUGCCUUGAAAUCUUCAAAAAUGGAGAAGACAUCUUUUAUCUUUUUGAUUUACAACAUUUUGUUACUAGAUGCAUUUUAUUUUCAUAUAUUUGUCCGACAUUCCAUGUUUGUUUGAAACAUUAUUUUAUUUUGUAAAUUUGUUGCCUAUAGUUCAGACAAGCCAAUUAUUUAAAUACAUUGUAUAUGGAGAAUACUAAUGAUAUACUGAUUAAAUAUUAUAACCAUAUGCAGGGAGUUGGUAAAAUUUUGCUGUUUCUCUUGUUCCGUUGUAUUUACAUCGUUCUGCUCAGGCUCUUACUCUCAUUAUUUGCACUAACUUGAAAUGCAGAAGUCUGUGUAACUGAAAUCUGAAUAAGCUGUAAGUGGGGAAGUUUUACUUGCCAUGGAAGAUAUUUUAUAUUAUGAAGCUUUGUUAAUAUAUACAUAUAUAUUAUUGUGCAUCAGAAAAAAAAUUGCUCAGAAAUGCACCUUGCUUUCAGGAACAUUUGUAUGAUUAUUCUGGAUUUUCAUCAGUUACAUUUGUACCGGCACUUAUGGAAAGAGUUGCAAAUAAUGUAAAUAUAAAGACUGGAAAACUGCAAUGCAGUUUUGGUGGAAUAAAGAAC